CGGCCCCGCGUCACCAUGGGCAGCGUCAGCAGCCUCAUCUCCGGCCACGGCUUCCACAGCAAGCACUGCCGGGCUUCGCAGUACAAGCUGCGCAAGUCCUCCCACCUCAAGAAACUCAACCGGUACUCGGACGGGCUGCUCCGAUUCGGCUUCUCGCAGGACUCGGGCCAUGGCAAGUCCAGCUCCAAAAUGGGAAAGAGUGAAGACUUCUUCUACAUCAAAGUCAGCCAGAAGGCCCGGGGCUCCCACCACCCUGAUUAUACUGCCCUGUCCAGUGGGGACCUGGGCCAGGCUGGAGUGGACUUUGGCCCAUCUACCCCACCCAAGCUCAUGCCCUUCUCCAAUCAGCUGGAAAUGGCCUCAGAGAAGGGCGCGGUGAGGCCCACGGCCUUCAAGCCCGUGCUGCCGCGAUCGGGAGCCAUCCUGCACGCCUCCCCCGAGAACACCAGCCACCAGCUGCACCCCGUCCCUCCAGACAAGCCCAAGGAGCCGGAGCUGAAGCCCGGCCAGUGCUCGGGGGCUCUGUCUGACUCUGGCCGCAACUCCAUGUCCAGCCUGCCCACACACAGCACCAGCAGCAGCUACCAGCUGGACCCGCUGGUCACAGCCGUGGGGCCCACCAGCCGUUUCGGGGGCUCAGCCCACAACAUCACCCAGGGCAUCCUCCUCCAGGACAGCAACAUGAUGAGCCUGAAGGCGCUGUCCUUCUCCGAUGGGGGCAGCAAGCUGGCCCACCCCAGCAAGGCGGACAGGGGCUCCUCGUGCGUGCGCUCGCCCAUCUCCACGGACGAGUGCGCCAUCCAGGAGCUCGAGCAGAAGCUGCUGGAGAGGGAGGGCGAGCUGCAGAAGCUGCGGCGCAGCUUUGAGGAGAAGGAGCUGGCCUCCGGCCAGGCCUACGAGGAGCGGCCGUGGCGCUGCCAGGACGAGCCCGAGGGCCCGGAGCCGAAGUGCGGAGGCAGCAAGCUGAAGGCGGCUUCGCAGAAGAGCCAGCGUGCCCAGCAGGUGCUGCACCUGCAGGUGCUCCAGCUGCAGCAAGAGAAGCGGCAGCUGCGGCAGGAGCUGGAGAGCCUCAUGAAGGAGCAGGACCUGCUGGAGACCAAGCUGCGGUCCUACGAGAAGGAGAAGACCAGCUUCGCCCCCGCGCUGGAGGAGACCCAGUGGGAGGUGUGCCAGAAGUCAGGCGAGAUCUCUCUGCUGAAGCAGCAGCUGAAGGAGUCCCAGAUGGAGGUCAACGCCAAGGCCAGCGAGAUCCUCAGUCUGAAGGCGCAGCUGAAGGACACGCGGGGCAAGCUGGAGGGCAUGGAGCUGAAGACACAGGACUUGGAGAGCGCCCUGCGCACCAAGGGCCUGGAGCUAGAGGUCUGCGAGAACGAGCUGCAGCGCAAGAAGAAUGAGUCGGAGCUCCUGCGGGAAAAGGUGAACCUGCUGGAGCAGGAGCUGCUGGAGCUGCGGGCCCAGGCGGCCCUGCAGCGCGACUGCGGGCCCCGGGCGCUGGGGCCGGGGGCCGGGCCGGCGCCCACCUUCGCGGAGGACAUCCCCGCCCUGCAGCGGGAGCUGGAGCGGCUGCGGGCUGAGCUGAAGGAAGAGCGGCAGGGCCACGACCAGAUGUCCUCGGGCUUCCAGCACGAGCGGCUGGUUUGGAAGGAGGAGAAAGAGAAGGUGAUCCAGUACCAGAAGCAGCUACAGCAGAGCUACCUAGCCAUGUACCAGCGGAACCAGCGCCUGGAGAAGGCCCUGCAGCAGCUGGCCCCCAGGGACGGUGCGGGCGAGCCUGUGGAGAUUGACCUUGAAGGGGCCGACAUCCCCUACGAGGACAUCAUCGCCACCGAGAUCUGA